GAACUGGUCCCCCUGUCUCCUCAGACCUCCGUCAUUAAAGGCACUUAUCUGGGACUGGAACACAUGAGCCAUGAAUACGGAAAAGAGGGAGGAGUCAUUAUCAACGUGUCAUCGAUGGCAGCCUUCGUCAACUCACCGUAUCAGCCCGUCUACACGGCCACCAAACACGGAGUCAUCGGCUUCUCCAGGGCGCUAGCAGACGCGUCGGCGAAGGCCAACUACGGCGUCCGCAUCAACGUCCUGUGUCCGGCCUACGUGGACACGCCCCUUCUGCUGUCAGUGGAACGUGAAGACAACAUGGGCAAGUUCGUCAAGUACAAGGAGGAGUUACAGUGCAGCAUGAACCGACUGGGGGUUCUGCCUCCGUCUCUGAUCGCUGAGGGGAUGAUGCUGCUGAUCACAGACUCCAGUCACCAGGGGGCGGUCAUGAAGAUCACCUGUUCUAAAGGAAUCCACUUCCACUGCUACGAGCCGCUUUCUGCCUGACCCUGGACCUGGACCCUGGACCCUGGACCCUGGACCCUGGACCCCUGGACCCCGGACCCCGGACCCCGGACCCUGGAGCCCACCCAGGACCCCAGGACCCACGCAGGACCCCAACCCACCACAACAGACUACUAUAGAAACUGGGUCACAGUCCACCUGUGACUGACCCUGAACCCUGACCCUGAACCCAAGGCCCAGUCCACCUGUGACUGACCCUGAACCCUGACCCUGAACCCAAGGCCCAGUCCACCUGUGACUGACCACUUUGGGGAGGAGUCAAACAUGCAGCUGAUGAAAAAAAAACAAAAA